AUGCCAACAACCAUCACGGUAGCCCCGAAUCCAUGUCCAACCACUUGCAGCAUGUCUGCCGGAACUGUAAACUUGUUUUACUGGCCAACAGACCAUCCAGAACGCAUCUACCCGUCCACCUAUGUCAACUCGCAUCUGAACUACACCUUUACCUCGCCGUCGGUGUACAUGGUCAUCGACACUCUCUAUGGAUAUAAUACCGCUGGUCGCGCUGGUCCAUCCGGCACGAGCUUAGUUUUCCCCCUCGACCUAGAUCAAGUCUCAACCAUCGAUGUCACCAAUUCAGCUACUCGCCAGCUUACCCUGAACGAUCUCGGUACAGACUGCCCCCAAACCGAAGCUCCCUCGGUGAUUGCAACGGCGAAGCCAAAUGGCCGGUGUGACCCAAUCCUGUUGGCCCCCGAGCCCGUCAAGUCUUGGGCUUCGCCUUGUAAUGCAUGUGGUCAAUUUGGACUCUUCGAUCCCCCUUAUGCGGUCUCCCCACUUACUGGAGGCCUGGUAACGAUGACAACGACUUUUGCGACCAUCCAACCACAGAAUAUUCCUAGCGCAACUUCGGUUGAUAACACUGCUACGCCGGCAGAAACCAGCACGGUGGUGGUAUCAACUUCAACUGAUAACACUGCUAUGCCAGUGGAAACCAGUACGACGGUGCAAUCUACAGAGGCUACUCCUUCGACCGCAGACUCUUCCUCAACAGUGAUGCCAAUUCCAGUUUCUUCUAGCACAAGCUCGGUUACUGCCUCUUCGACAUCCUCCAGCUCCGUCUCCAGUCCGGCUACCACUUCUACGUUCAAUCCUGCGAGCAAAUCGUAUAGCCCGGGAGGAUGGCUGGGCUUCGUUUUCUUCGUGAUGGCAUUCAUGCUUUAA